ACAUUCAUAGCUUGAAGUUGUUUUGCUAACUUCAUAUACAUGAAUGGAACACCGUUUAAAGCGGGAAAAAGCAUUGUUAAUGAAAGGGGCUAUUCCUAGAAUUUUUUCCCCUUUGGCUUUUCAAGAAGCCUCAAAAAAGUCGAAAAAAGAAAUACGUAAUGAAAAUAAAAUAAAAAUUAAAAAUGAUAAAAAAUUUAUGCAGCUGAAAGGAGAAGAAAUUGUAUUUAAAGAAAUUUUAUCUGUCUCUGAUAAAAUUCCUUUACCAUCUACUAAUUGGUUUAAAAAUGCAACAGAAACAUUCAUUCAGUGGUCUUCCUUUGAUUACAAUUUUGACAAAUGUUCAAAAAUGGUCAGAGUUAAUGAUAACAAAACAGUAAAUGUACUUUUAGGUGAAAAGAAAAUAACCAUACCUAAUUUUGAAACAUUUAUUAAUGUUAAUGAUAUUGUUAAAUUAUUGAAGGAAGUGGAAAAAAUUAUUCCUUGUGCUGAAACUGAAAGAUCUUCUAAAUGUUUAGGAUUUAUUAUUCAAAAAGGCACUAGAGGUCGUAAAAUUACAUUUUGUCAAGAAUGUAAAAUACUUAAAAAGAAAAUGCAAGGAAAAACUUUAGCAAUAGAUAUUUUAAAAAAUAAGAUAAUAGAAAACAAGGAUUUGAAAAAAAAAUUAAAAAUGUUAAAAGGAAACAACUACGAUUGGUUAAAAAAGUGCUAUUUUAGUAGACGAAAUGAAAUUGUCCACAUCAUUAACUUUCAACAAGAUGAAUUUAAAGUUUGAAGGAUUCACAAACCUUGGUGACCCGAGCACCAAAAGUCUGAGCUAGGAGAUCAUGUUCUGAUAUUUAUGUACCAGUCAUUUAUGACUGGAAAAAUGCAAACUUUAGGUUGUUUCUUGUCAAAAGGAAGCGCAAGCAGCAGCGUUCUACAUAAACUGCACGCUAAAAAAACUUUGUAUAAACUAGCGAAAAUAAUCUCUGG